CCCAUCCAUUUCUAUCUGGCUGUCCCUGAACAGUCAACCACAUGGCUGGCAGUGAGGGAAUUUUUGGUGGGGCCAACUCCAGGGUGUUCUUGUAAACUCUAUCUGGGGAGGAACUAAUGCUAUUUCAGAUCAAAGCAGUCUUCUGCCUUAAGAAACUACCCAAGGAACAAUGAUAGAGUCUUCUUCCUCGGCUGUCUGCAGUUCUUUCAGCAGAAAGGUGUCAAUGAAGCAUCAGAGAGUUCCAGUUGUGAUCCGUCAUAGCAAGGGGACAAUGGCAUCCUGGCCCUUCUCUAGGCUGUGGAGUAUCUCUGAUCCAAUUCUGUUCCAAGUGACCUUGGUUGCUACUCUGUUGGCCACUGUUCUUGGCAGUUGUGGUAUUCCACCCUAUUUAGACUUUGCUUAUCCAAUAAAUGAGUUGAAUGAGACAACGUUUGAAACUGGAACUACUCUGAGAUACAACUGUCGUCCUGGCUACAGGAUAAGUUCAAAAAGUUACUCUCUUACCUGUGAAGCAACAGGCAGUUGGAAAUACAGAGAGUUUUGUGUCAAAAAACGAUGUGGAAACCCAGGAGAAUUACUUAAUGGGCAAGUGAUAGUUAAGACAGAUUACUCUUUUGGAUCAGAAAUAGAAUUCAGCUGUUCAGAAGGGUAUAUCUUAACUGGCUCAGCCAAUAGUUAUUGUGAGAUCCAAGAUAAAGGAGUUGGCUGGAGUGAUCCCCUCCCACAAUGUAUAAUUGCCAAGUGUGAACCUCCUCCAACCAUUAGUAAUGGGAGACACAAUGGUGGAGAUGAAGACUUCUACACAUAUGGCUCUUCCGUCACUUACAGCUGUGACCCUGACUUCUCAAUGUUAGGCCAAGCCUCCAUUUCUUGCAGAGUGGAAAAUAAGACAAUAGGUGUCUGGAGUCCAAGUCCUCCUUCUUGUAAAAAAGUCAUUUGUGUUCAACCAGUGGUUAAAGAUGGAAAAAUAACCUCUGGGUUUGGACCCACCUAUACUUAUCAACAGUCUAUUGUAUAUGCCUGUGAUAAAGGUUUUCGGCUUGAAGGCGACAGUUUAAUCCGUUGUGAAGCUGAUAAUAGCUGGAAUCCUCCUCCUCCCACUUGUGAACUCAAUGGUUGUGUUGGCUUACCACACAUCCCUCAUGCUUCGUGGGGAAGAUAUGGCUACCGGACACAAACAAAUCAGGAAGUGCAUGAUAUUGGGACUGUACUGAACUACAACUGCAAUUUGGGCUAUAAGCCAAAGGCAGAUGGACCUACAACUGUGACUUGUCAGAGCGAUUUGAAGUGGAGCCCAUACAUAGAAUGUGAGGAGGUAUGUUGCCCAGUACCAAACCUGAAUAACAAUGGCAGAAUCACUCUACUUGGAAGACAUAGCGAUAGAACUCACUGUACCUAUUUCAGUGGAGAUGAGAUUUCAUAUAAAUGUCAUAAUAAAUAUACGUCUUAUGCUACAUGCACAAAACAUGGCACUUGGAGUCCUAGAACACCAGAAUGCAGCCCAGAUUGCGAAUCCCCUCCUGGCAUUGCCCAUGGACAACAUAAAAUAGUCUCUAAAUACUUUGAACGUGAAGCUGAAUAUAAAUGUGAUGAAGGGUACACCCUGGUUGGAGCGAACAGACUCUCCUGCACUUAUUCAGGCUGGUCACCUGCAACCCCUCAGUGUAAAGCAUUGUGUCUGAAACCAACGAUAGAACAUGGAAGGUUAUCUGUGGAGAAGGUUAGAUAUGUUGAACCUGAAAGAAUUACCAUCCAGUGUGAGUCUGGCUAUCGUUUGGUUGGUUCAGAAAAUAUCACUUGCUCAGAGGACAGAACCUGGUCCCCAGUGGCACCCAAGUGUGAGUGGGAGUAUCCUGAAGGCUGUGAGCAAGUAAUCGCAGGCAAGAAACUCUUGCAGUGCCUCUCAAGUCCAGUGGAGGUGAAAUUGGCCCUGGAAGUGUACAAGCUGUCCCUGGAGAUUGCACUCCUGGAGCUUCAGAUAGAUAAGCCAAAGGAUGCCUCUCUGGAAGCAUCAGAGAGGGAGUACAAUGUGCCUGCUGCCUUUAAUCCAAUAUAGAUCACUUCAGUUAAUCACCUUUACCAUCUGUUUAUGCCAUCAAUUGUGGUAAUAGUUAGCUAGAAAGAAUAAUUUGUUAACAUUUAGUUCUUUGAGAUUGUAGAAUUAUUCACCAUUUUCUGACUCAUUGUUUUUGCUUUUCUGGCUACAUUGUACAUAUUUUUUUUUUCCCGUUAAAAAUUAACAUAUCCAACCGCA